AUAUCGAUGAAGAAGAUAAGAGUGGGGGGUGCACUCUAUUAAAGCGCAGAGGGGAGCAGAUGAGCGUUAGUUUUAAGAGAAGGGCCCAGAGUGUGAUAUGGCUCCUCGUUACGCACCAAGUCUUCGCUCACGUUUGGCACCUUUGUUGCUUUUACUGCAGUUGGUGUUCAUUCUUAUUUAUGGCUUUUACACUGAGGUCAAAAGCAAUGUAAAAGUUCGCGGGGAUAACUUCUUCUGCUUCUACCCAAGUAAGUCAACCCUUCUUUUUUUCCCCGGGAGGUUGCAAUGGAUGUCAAAAUGAAGACAUGGUCUGUUUUAAAUACUCAUUCAAAUAAAGGUUUGUGUGCUCAGUUGAGUCAUUUACGCCAUUAAACGGCCAAAUGCAGUUUACAGACUCAGGGGUGUUACUGCUUGUUGUUACUGCUCGAUGCUGAUAAGCUCACAUUUUAUCGUGACGAAAAACCAGGUUGCCGUAGUGAGCCAAAUCCAGAGAGUGACGGUUAUUAUAUCUGACCAAGGCAUGGGACAACUUUUGAGGAGAACCCUUUCUUUAUUCUUGCAGACCUCCAGGAUGUGACUGUUAUGGUGUUCCUGGGUUUUGGAUUCUUAUACUCUUUCCCUGUGCGUUAUGGUUUCAGUGGCUCUGGGUUCAACUUUCUUGUGGCUGUCAUGGCCACCCAACUGGCUGUAAUACUCAAUGGGAUUGAGUCCUGGUAUUACAGUGGAAAGAUCAUAAUAGAUUUGAAAAGGUAGGCUAUCAAAUGAUGCAAUUAUUUUGCUUCCCUUCUUUAAUCUGCUGACUACACAUUUGUUUAAACAAAUGAUCUCUUUGGAAUGAAUAUGGCAAAAUACAAGUAAACUGGGAAAGAUUUACCAAUAUCAAUACAAUCAUAAAUUCCAAAGUAAUAUCUUUAAUUCCUAUACGUAAAAGUCCUUAGUAUGAAAAUGUUUUGUUUCAAUUCAGCAUUGUUGUUGAUGAGAUGUGUGCUGUAUCGGCCCUGAUUUCAAUCGGAAUAGUAAUGGGGAAGACAAACCCUGUGCACCUUAUACUCAUUGCCAUGCUUGAGGUAUCAGGAUUUGUCCUGAAUAAAUGGCUCCUCCGGACUCUGUUGAGGGUAAGCUUCUUACGAAAGUGUUUUAUCAAAUUUCCAUACUUACAAGUUUCAUGUAAUUCAUAUAAAAUUUGCCUAUUCUGUCCUCUCACUAUUGUAAAUGGACUUACUAUGUCUUUUUCACUCCAGGUACAACUCCCCAACAGCAUUAUGCAGCUUCACAUCUUUGGGACCUUGUUUGGUCUUGUGCUGACUUGGAUGUUGUAUCGGACAGAAUCUGAGCGACAAUUUGAAAAAGAGAAAUCUGAUUGCAAAAUGGGAUUAUUUUCUAUGUUAGGUAUGUUUAUUCAGAUGUUAGAUUGGGUUUUGUGAAACACCAUCACUAUUAUGGCUAUCCUUCUACCUGGGCAAAAGCUAAAAUCAUUCAUUGUCAAUGCAGGAUCUGACCUUAAACCUUUGUUCAUUGGUCUACAGGGUCCAUUUGCCUCUGGAUCUUCUGGCCAAGUUUUAAUUCAGCCCUUGUAAAAGAUGGCGCUCUUGGGAGGAAGUUACAGGCUGUUUGCAGCACCUACCUGGCUCUGGCUGUGAGUGCUGUAACAGCAGCGGCUGUGUCUGUCCUCUCAAGUCCCAGGGGGAAACUGAACCUGGUAUGAUCUGGCACUUGAUAUUUCAUAUUCUGAUCUGAUGAUCAGGUGUUUUAGGCUGGACAGACAAAUGUUGUGAAUACCUAAAUUGCCAAUAAAAUGUCUAAUCAAUGAUUUCUCUAAAUACUCAAACUGAUUUACGGCAUUAAGGGGCAUAUAUACAGUCUCUACACUCCUCUGUCAGAUCCACAUGCAGUCAUGCAUCCUUGCUGGUGGUGUUGCUGUUGGGGUUUCAAUGACAGCGGUGCGUCAGCCAUGGGAGGCCAUGGCAAUUGGAUUCACAGCUGCAAUUGUCUCAACCAUUGGAGUCCGAUAUCUCAAGGUUUUGAUCAUCAUACAAGCUCAUAUUUACUGUGAACAAAGAAUGGAAACAUAUCAACUCAUAAACUCUUAUUUUCCAGAUCCACAUGCUUCUUGCAUUUCAGUGCCACGACACAUGUGCUGUCCUGAGCACACAUGGACUUCCUAGUCUGCUGGGAUGGGUAGCACAUCUCCUUCUUCAACUUAAAGACUGUGCUGAUCACACCAUGUAAGAAUGCACUUUACAUGGAAAAAACAUUCUAUAUGCAUGAAGGUACAAAAUGUGAUGCAGCCUGUGUAAUAUGUCUUUUACUGGGCAGGGCAAUCCGGUUCACCGUUUUUCACAUUUGUACACUUCUCCUAACCAUUGCGCUGAGUCUUUCCAUGGGAAUCAUUACAGGUAGGUCUCUCAAGUGUGGUUUUAACUUACAGUACCCUGUGAAGAGUCAUACAAGACAGCAAAAAGUUAACUUCAAUUUUUUGUAGCCACAGAAUACCAUUGAUAAUGAAGUUUAAUGCCAAAUUUAAAUACUUGAUUUUGAGCUUUCAGCAUUAUGUCAAAUACAGGAGUAAAUGAAUCUUAUAUUGCUCAGAUACCAUGUAAGUCAGUAACCCAUGGAUUAAAUGUCCUAAUUGCUCACACUUUUCUCCGUUCAAAGGGCUUUUAGUUAAAUCAAACUUCUGGAGACCACCUCAAGACAAGAAAUGUUUCGAUGAUCAGGCCUAUUGGGAGGUAUUCAAUCACCACAUUAUCUUCUUAUAGACAAAUAAAUAUAACUUUAAAUAAUUAGCAUUUCAGUGUUAAAGGUGCAGUGUGUAGUAUCUAGAAGCAUUUGGUGAAACCUGGUUGAAAUGGUGUAUAAUGUAUGUUUAAAUUAGCACAAUAAUACCUGAACAUAAAAUAACAUAUUCUAUAUUUACCGACAAGCCCUUUAUCUAAAUAUGAAGCAGAUCCCUUUUCAUAGACGUUGCCAUCUGACACCACGUUUUUACAGUAGCCAAGAUGGAAGAGACUAUUAACAGCCAUACACAUUUUUGUAUUUCAUCUUGUGGCUGCUAGAAGUGCAUGGGUUGGAAGAGAUUAUUUGUGCAGAAUUGAUUUUAUGGAUGAGCUUUUAUUGUAAAAACUUGACAAUUGGAAGAUCAUAUUUAAGAUAUUACUUUAUUGAUGCCUAGAUGGGAAAUUCAGUUGUUGCAGCCACAUAGACAUGGUCAGAACUCCCCCAGAUUAUAAAUAAAACUUGAAUAGUUUAAAAAGACACAAGUAUGUUUGUGAGUGUUUAUACUAAAAGGGAAAUCUGUGGGAUAAAGUGUCAUGGCAUGAUACUAUAAAUAUAAAGUGAUAUUUGCAUGCGUCACUGCAGCUUAUAUUCAGGAACCACAGUCAUGCUUCUUUACAUGGUAUUUCAAAGAAAAUAACUAAACUCAUUAUGCAGUACUCAAAUAAUUUUCUGUUUUUCAGUUUCCACAUCUUGCAGUGCGCAAGUAGAGCAUGAAGGAGGGCCUGAUGACAUAGGCUUCAAACUCUUGGCUUGGAUUUUCAUUUAUCAGUAUUUUUGAAUAAAAAAUACAAUUUUCUGUCGUAAAAAUUUCAUAUUUUUAUGCAUGCAAAAUUACAUGAAUGGUAAAGAUGAACCUUGGCUUAAGGCUAACACUGUGCAUAUGGAUUUAGACUGUACCAGGGAGAAUACAAAAAAAUUAUCUAGGUUAAUAAGAAAUUAAGAAGAACAGUCAUAGACAUUAAUGCCCCACAAAAUGUAUUGUACCACAAUAAUUUAUUUUAAUUUUCUCAGUGAGAAACAGCUUCAAAUUAAAGACAGUCAUAUAGUUAAGUAUACCCAAAGAAAAUGUGGCCAGUUCAGACAGGAAAAGUUCCCAAAAAUAACUUUCUUAUACACAAGUAGUAAACUGUUAUAGUUUCUUGGCUAUGCAAUCUUAGUGCAAAUGAACACAUUGCAGAUGUCUCACACUCGAAAAGAUCACACGUUCAAACAAUCAGUGAAAAGCUAUGCUAAGUUGUGACUUGACCAUUUACCUCAAACAAUUUAAAAUGUACAGGCCAAUUUGAAAGCUAUGAAAACAUUUCAUAAAGUGAAUAAUCACUAAAGCAUAUUGUUUAGUACAUUGCAGAAAGCAGAGUGUAUAAACUGAGUGCAUGAAGACAUACUGAAUCCGUUACUGCCAGAGAUCCUCUGUACGUCCAAACUUGAAGACCAAACCCCUAUUCAGAAGAAAGGAAGAUAGUCAAAAAACUUUUGACAAAAAUACUUGUGUUCAUGUGUGAGCAUCUGUUAAAAGUACAGUAUUGCUUAAAAACAUUAACUUACCCAAAGAAAAUAAAAGCGUUUUGGAAGAAUAUGGCAAUGCCAGGGUACACAGGAGGUUUUUCUGCAAAAAAAAAAAUAAAGCAAAUUACAAAGUGAGGUAUAAUGACACAAGCUAAAACUGCAGCUGAGAAGCUGUACAAGACUAAAAUGUCUAAUAUUUCGCUAGCUUCAUGCAGCAAAUUUCAGUGAUGUUACUCCCUAUGUCUUUGAACUUAAACAUUUUGGAAUCAAAGACAACAUACUUCUUUGUUGCUUAGCUUCCGUAAAUACUCAAUGUCACACUUGUUGGUCCUAUCUGUACUGUGUUGGUAAUUUCUUUUGUUUUCAGUGCAGGGCGUUUUUGUGCUCAAGUGAGCAUUUUGCGAGUGCUCUGACAGUGUGUGGAUCAACAAUGAUCUGGAAAACAACAAAGUCUGUUAGGCAGACUGGGACUGCUGUUAAGCUACUGGGAUGAAAUUGUCUGCUGAAAGCUUGGUUGUUGAAUUAGUUUGGUUGUUAGCAUUAGUUGCAUCCUUCAAAAAACACUUUCAGGCAGUUGUUGCCGUACAGAUGGCAGCACUUGUUGAAGGUCUUAAGCAUUUAAACCUUUGUCAAAACUUAUAACCGUUUGCGUUUUCCCUUAGACUUUUUAGAAAUUGGAUUUUGUGUUGCAUUUAAGAGUGGUUUUCUUGGUUGAUUCCUUACUUUGAGAAGCAGUAGGGGUUAGCUGCCUUUUUUUAGUACCUAUUUUGUCUUAUUUAUGUUAAGUGAGGCAGGUAGAAUGUCGUUUUGAUCUAUCUGUUUCAUACAGGGUAAGCUGUGUUUUAAAAAGAGUUAACUUGUUAAGGCUUUGGUUCACCCAUAUGUAUUGUUUCACUUGGUUCUGUGAUUAUUGUAUUUUACUAUUUGUAUUAUGUAAAUAAAUCAUUUUUGUUCACAACUGUUAAA